CCUUUGGGUUUGGUUAUUUCUUAUCUGCUAGCUUCUUGCUAAGGUGACUCCACAUCAACUUCCGACCCCAGGUUGCCUGUUCAGAGGCCAACAUUAGGGGACAAACAUGUCCAAGAGGCUGAUCCAAAACCUCGCCAAGGUCAUCUCCAAACUAGUGGACCACUUCAAUCCAACGGAGGUCGAGUCCCUUAUUCGUGAGUAUUACGCCAUUCUCGGGCAGACCACCACCGGCAAGAGCAUCAUGGACGAAAGGAAGUUCAGAAGCAUACUGGCCAACGAGUUUGGUCUCACCAGCAACACCAUCAUGGAAAGAGUUUUCAGGACGUUUGACAGGGACAACGACAACAUUGUCAGCUCCAAAGAGUGGGUGGAGGGCCUGUGCGUGUUCCUUCGUGGCACCAUGGAUGAAAAAAUCAAAUACUGCUUUCGCGUGUACGACCUGAGCGGAGACGAGUACAUUGCCAGGGAGGAGAUCCUUCUUUUGGUGAGGAACUGCCUGCGGCUGCAUGGCGAAGAGGACCCUUACGACAGCAUCAAAGACCUGGUGGAGAUCACCCUCAAGAGGAUGGACCACGACAAUGACGACAGACUGUCUUUUGAAGACUACAAAAAGUCAGUGAAAGAGCUGAACAUCGUGCUCGAGGCUUUCGGGAAGUGCCUCCCUAAUGCCACGAGGAUUGAGAUGUUUGAGCAGCGCGUCUUCAGUAAUAAAAAGCACUACAGAAGUCGAUAAGCUUUCAACUAUUUUGAAAUGUUCUUCAUUGUUUUCUAAUGUGUAAA